AAGUUGUUGCCGAGAGUCUAACACUUGGGCCCAUUAAGGGGGGAUUGGGCCAGUUCCAUCAAGAACGGCUUGGUGUCUUGCUACAGUUGCGGUCGGUGGCUGGACGAUGGCGGAGGAGGAGGCGAUCAGAGCUGCUUCGGAGGAGCUGGCCUGUCAAUUCCAAACCCUAAUCAACACCCAGGAGGUUGAAUCCAUCAGACACAUUCAGCAUCUAAUAUUAGGAAGGCUGCAAGACAGUAAUGCAGUUCUAUCUCAUUUCAACGAGUACUCUGAGCGAUGUUUCACUGAACUUUCUGGUGAUUUCUCAAGGAAUACACGUCUCUUGAAGUCCAUAAAGUCGGACCUUGACUACAUAUUCAUGAAACUUAGAAGCAUGAAGUCGAGGCUGAAGGCAAUUUAUCCUGAUGCAUUUCCAGAUGCUUCAACAAUUAAAAUAUUGGACCAGAGACCUGAUUUGGAGAGACCAUUAACAUAGUUGGAGAGAGAACAAUGUAUUGCCAUAACCAUUUGAUUACAUCAAGUUUCAUGUUCAUUUUUGCAUAACAGGGUGGGUUUAAAAUUUUAUUGAAACAUUAUUAUUAAUGCCACCUAGCCAAUUCUCAUGAAGACAUUCUAAGAAUUGCUUGAAUUUAUCAAACAUAAGGGCAUUCAAAUUUAGAAUAUGUUUGAGAGGAUUGUAACAUUUUAUAAAUAUAAUUGUGAAAUUGUUGUGGGAAAUAUAA